AUAGGCGGAAAAAAAAUCCCGCUUCUUCUUUCCCACUCCUCCACUCCUCCACGAACUUCUGCAACUUCCAUGAACUUCGGCUCUUUCUCUUCCAUGAAUUUCGGCUCCAUCUCUUCUGGAGUUAAUCCUACUGCCAAUUUCCUGCGUUUCUUCUUCAAGGAUUACCAGGUGAAGAGAAUUAUAAAUUCACUUUCGUUUAAUUUACAGAGAAAUUGAGCGCUCAAUCCCCUACUUAAUUCUAUUCAUUAUUUUUUUUAAAAAUCGGCGGCGAGGUCGGCUCCGGCACCGCUCUUCUUCGAGGAAAAUGUCAAUCAUCACAACACCAUCUCAACCGGAAAUCGAACAAGAAACCGAGCCACUGAAGUUGACUUACCGUCAGCAACGGAGACUUGAUCAAGCUGCUCUUCGGCUUAAAUUUCCUGGCCGCAAGAGGCGUGGGCCUACGAGGGGCAUAAAAUAUGCUCCCAAAGGGAUGAAUUCUGAAGAAAAGGUUACAGUCACUUUCUUGGAUGAGCUUCGACGUGUGGUUGGGGAAAAGGCAAAUGAGUUCAUAUGUGAUUGUAGCAAUUGGGUGGAGGAGUUUUGUCCCUUAAACUCUGUGAAUUGGGCUAAAAUGGAUCCAGAUCAAAAACAAAGGUUGUAUGACAAAAUUCUGGGGAAGUAUAAUUUACCCGAGAAGGUUGGUGGUGCUAAUGUAGUUGAAGCAUUGAGCUUUCAAUGUUCUAUUUUAUAUAGACAUUGGAGAUUCAGGCUCAAGGAAGCACAUUAUAGAGGCAAGACAAAGGCACAGGCAAGAGCCAAUAAACCUCCGACUGUUGAUAAGGAAGCAUGGCGUAUUAGCAAAAUUAAUACAGAGAACAAGCUAAGGCUAACGGAAACACCAGCCAAUGGUUCAAGGUCUACAGCAAGAAUAUGCUAUGACAUGAUGAAUGAGCCACCUGUGUUUUCCACGCAAGAUCUUGAAGGAUCAUCAGAACCUGUUGAAGUGGAACAAGAACCCAUCUAUCUCAGAUUGUUUGAGAAGACCAAAAAGCAUAAGAAAAAGGAUGGAGGUUCUGGUUGGGAGCCAAUUGCUGAAAAAAAUUAUGAAGAACUCAAAAAACUUCAUGAAGCUCAGAUUGAGGAACAUGGUAAGGAUACGCUCAAUGUCAAAGAUGCUUACAUUAAGGUUUUAAAACCUAAAUCUGGGUAUGUACGAGGACUUGGUUCUGGAGCUCGGCCACCUAAAAAAGGUAGAAAUGGAGAGAACAAUGAACGAGUGGAGCUCUCUACCCAAGUUAACACACUUAGUGCAUCAAAUGAGGAGUUGAGAGUAUCAAAUGAGCAGCUUAAAGGAUCUAAUGAAGAGCUUAAAGCAUCCAAUGAGGAGCUUAAAGCAGAAUUUUCUAGAAUGAACAAAGAAGCUAUUGAACGUGAACAGAAACUGAGAGAAGAUAUGCUGAAAAUGUUCGAGGACAUGAGGAACAAUGGAUCAAAAACAUCGUCCUAAAUUGGGUCGAGGAGAGCUCUUUGAAUUGAAGUAUGAUCGAGCAUUCGAGUUUGCCGUAUAUGAACUCCUUAGACUACAACUAGUGUUAAGUAUUUAGUUUAUUUCAAACUUUUAGUUUUUAUAGCACAAUGUUGUUUUAGAUGAUUAUGUAUAUAUGCACACAAUGUUAGAGUGACAUAUAUUAAUUUAUAUUUUAUUUUA